AUGAGAGGAAUCAUCAUCGUAAGCUUCUUAGUUUUGCAGAGUCUUGUCGUGUCUUCAUCUCAAUCAGCACCAGACUUCAAUUUCUUCUAUUGGGUCACCUACUGGCCAGGAGCAAUAUGCGAAAGCCAAAAAGGAUGUUGUCCUCCUCCACCGGAAGCCAAAACGUCGUCGGAUUUUAUGAUCCAUGGACUCUGGCCUCAGUUCAACAAUGGCACAUGGCCUGCCUUCUGCGAUCAAACCAAUCUCUUCGAUAUCUCCAAGGUAUCAGAUCUCAUAAGCAGGAUGGAGAGGAAAUGGGGAGAGUGGGGUGUGUGGACAUGUCCAAGCAACGAGACUAAGCUAUGGGAACACGAGUGGGACAAGCAUGGCACGUGCGUCCAAUCUAUCUUCGACCAACACUCUUACUUCCACACCAAUCUCAAAUUCAGACAAAAACUCGAUCUCCUCAACAUCCUCAAACAAAGUGGAAUCAAACCGAACGAUGGGUUUUACGGUUUAGAAGAGAUCAAGAACGCGAUCAAGUGCGUGAUCGGGUUUGCACCGGGUAUCGAAUGUAAUGAAGAUGUAGAGGGGAAGAAGCAGCUUUUCCAGAUCUAUAUAUGUCUUGAUAAUUACGCGAAAGAGUUUGUGGAAUGCCCGUAUGUUCCGGAUGGAUCAUGUGCUUCUAAGAUCAAGUUUCCAAAGUCCCCAAAGACAGAUUCCUGUACUGACUCUCAAAGUGUUAUGCCUUCUGUUUCGACUACCUAA